UUCUGUAUCCAAACCUUAUUUUUCUCUCACGCGAAAAAGCUCUGAUAUUUUACAAAUCGCCGACGAUUCGAUCUCGAGAGUCUCUAGGUUUGUUUCCGUAAUUCGAUUCGAGAUUCUAGGGUUUGUUGUUGUUUCAAUCUUCUUCUGCUUCGUGAAGCGUUUGGUUUGGUUUGGUUUGGUUGGUUCACGGAUCUUUGGGGGCGAUUUUUCGUUCUAGGGUUUCUGUAAAAUUCCCCCCUUUUCCCGGAAUAAUUGCUUCCCUUUUGAUUGGUACUUCGUGGGGAGCUCGCAAGUCGCAUCUGAGGUUGAUUGAGGUUUGAAAGUUCCUGUCUUGGUUUGAUUUGAAGUUGAUUUCCGUGGAGGAGGGCUCGUGAAGAUUCAGCUAUUUGGAGCUGCUAAUGGUAACAUUCAAUCUGGUUUGGUUAUGGGUUUUUGCUAAAUUGAAUGAUUAGAGCUGGAAAAGAAGGUUUCAUUUGAUUUGGCAUCUGAUUAGGGCUCCAAAAACUAUAUAAGUGAAAUUGGGUCUCUUGCAAAUUGUGAUUUUUAGAAGCGAGGAAGGGUUUUAUAUUUGUUGAAGUUCUUUCUUGCCAAAAGGAAAUGGUUGAGAGUGCUGCUUUCCCUGGAGGGUAUUAUCGGAAUACUUUCGAGGCGCCUGAUGAAUCAGAGGGCUCUGGAAGCUCUGCGCAGAUUGAUACUGAGGUCACUGCAUCUGAGAACUCAAGCACUCCUGCACGAAACUGUGUUAAGUUGAGUUCUGAUGAUGAAGAUCCUUACGGUGUCCAGAGACGAGUCAUUUCUUUGUAUAGCAUGUCACAAUCCGAGAGGAAAGAUUUGAUUCAUCGGCUCAAACUGGAGCUAGAGCAGACUAAGAUAGUUCUUAAGAAUGCUGAGUUGCAGAGGAUGAACACACCCUCCGUGUCGUCCACUAGUGCCAGAAUGGGUUUUAGCUCUGCUCAAAAGGUAUCAUCAUCUCGAGUCAGCAAUUCGAAGAGGCCAUCUGAUUUUGCAAUGGGGCCUGGAAAGAAUGUUAGGCAGCAGCCUGGGACGGCUUCUCGUGGAUGGAACCGUGGCUCCACCGGGAAGUUUGAGUCUUCCGCUAAAGAGUCUAUCCCUAGCGCUACUAACGUGACACUGAUGAAGCAAUGUGACACGCUGCUGAAAAAGCUGUGGUCUCAUCCGCAUUCUUGGGUUUUCCAGGCGCCGGUUGAUGUAGUGAAGCUUAACAUACCAGACUAUCUCACUAUCAUCAAGCAUCCCAUGGACUUAGGGACGAUAAAGAAGAACUUAGCAUCUGGUGGAUACUCAAGUCCACAUGAGUUUGCUGCUGAUGUGAGGCUUACAUUUGCAAACGCGAUGACAUAUAACCCUCCAGGGCAUGAUGUUCACAUUAUGGGGGAUAUCCUAAGUAAACUGUUUGAAGCGCGGUGGAAACUUAUUGAAAAGAAACUACCAGUGUGUAGCAUGCAAACUUUGCCUGCAACCACAUUGGAACCUCGUGAGGAGAAGAGAACUGCUGUGUUUGUUCCUCCGGCGAAGAAGAGAAAGAUGGUUUCUCCUGUUAGAGAGAGUGUUCCUGAACCAGUGAAACCACUUAUGACAGCAGAGGAGAGGCAUAGAUUGGGGAAACAGCUCGAGUCACUACUGGAGGAACUUCCUGCACAGAUCAUUGACUUCUUGAAGAAACACAGUUCAAAUGGAGGAGAAAUUGCGGAAGAUGAAAUCGAGAUAGACAUCGAUGUUCUAAGUGAUGAAGUACUAUUCAGUCUAAAAAAGCUGCUGGAUGAACAUAUCCAAGAGAAAGAAGCGAAGCAGUCGAGCGUUGAGCCAUGCGAAAUAGAGCUUCUCAAUGGAUCAGGACCUAGCAAUUCGUUGCUGCAACGAGGGAGUGACAUGGCUGAUGAGUAUGUCGGUGGGAACGAACCUCCCAUCUCAAGGAGCUCCAGUGAUUCUGAGUCUGGGAGCUCUGAAGAUCAGUCUGAUGACGCUAAACCCAUGAUCCAAGAAGGUGCUUCCAAGAUACCUGAAACUACAAAUUCUGAGGCUCAAAGAGAUGAAGAUACGAGGAUUGAUGGUCUUCUUGAUGGAAGUGAAUCAAAUGGUGCUCCGGAACCAAUGGAUAAUACAUCUCAGCAAAAGCCUAGUUCUGAUGAAACAGAUGGUCAGCAUGAUGGAAAUACAGUGGAAAAUCCGGCUUCAUCUGAGAAGAAAUAUAGAGCUGCGCUGUUGAAGAACAAGUUUGCAGAUAUCAUUCUAAAAGCACGCGAGAAAACACUACCACAGAAUAGUAAUAAGGGCGAUCCGGAAAAGCUUCGCAAGGAAAGAGAAGAACUCGAACUGAAGAAGAAGAAAGAGAGAGCACGGCUACAAGCUGAGGCAGAGGCAGCUGAAGAUGCUCGUCGCCAAGCUGAAGCAGAGGCCGCUGCAGAAGCUGCUGCCGAGUCCAAGCGACAGAGAGAAGUUGAAAGAGAAGCCGCUCGCCAAGCUUUAUUAAAGAUGGAGAAAACUGUGGAGAUCAACGAGAACUCGCGGUUCCUGGAGGACCUAGAGAUGCUGAGAUCGAGUGCGCCGGAGCAGUUACUUAGCUCAGUAGAUGAAAUCAGCCCCGAGAGAACUUUAGACGCCCUGGGAAGUUUCAACAUCAGAGGAAUGAACCCUCUUGAGCAACUCGGAUUGUACAUGAAAGAAGAUGAUGAUGAAGAAGAACCCGAGGCUCCUCCUGCUGUUCCAAAGCUAGCCACAGACGUGGAAGAAGGUGAAAUCGAUUGAAAAAUUAAGUGUAAACAUAUGUAUGAAACAAUAGCCAGGGCUGGUACACAGACACACAAGAAAGAGAUGUUUAAGCCCACUCCAUGGCUUUUAUGAGCUACGGAAUGGUUUUCUCUUAAAGUGUGGUGUGUGAAUAUGUAAAAGAAGAAGCAAACGAUUAAAACUUCACGAGGAGUCCUUAGUGUAUGAUAUAACAAAAAAAAUGGAUAAAAAAACAGGCAAGACCAUUGUCUGUGUAAGGAUUUUAUGUAGUACAUUUGUUCUAGAUGACUCCUUUUGAAAUGAUC